UUCGAUCUGAGAGCAAGUAAUAAAAUGUAAAGUUUUGUUUGGAUCCGAAUUCUGGUACAAACGAUCCAUUGGUAUUGAUUGCGAGUUAAAAACGAUGAAAUGAGUUUUUCAAAAUGAAGAGCUUCGAUUGGUUCAGUACCACUGAUCCUGCAACUAGCUAGCAAGGAUGAGCAGCGGCGUGGGAAAGGUGGUGUGUGUGACCGGUGCUUCUGGUUUCAUUGCUUCAUGGAUCGUCAAAUUUCUUCUUCAACGCGGUUACACAGUCAGAGCCACCGUUCGGAACCCUAGUAAUCGGAGGAAGGUGUCGCACUUGGUUAACCUUGAGGGCGCGAAAGAGAGGUUGCAUCUGUUUACGGCGGAUUUGUUGGAAGAAGGUUCCUUCGACUCCGUCGUGGAAGGCUGCGACGGUGUUUUUCACACCGCUUCACCGGUCCGUUUCGUAGUCAAAGAUCCACAGGCUGAGUUGAUUGACCCAGCUGUUAAGGGAACUCUUAAUGUUCUCAAAUCAUGCGCAAAAUCACCAUCUGUGAAACGGGUUGUCUUCACUUCUUCUACAGCUGCAGUGGUAUAUAAUGAAAGACCUAAAACUCCUCAAGUAGUAGCUGAUGAGACAUGGUUUUCAAAUCCAGAUGUCUGUAGGGAAUUAGAGUUGUGGUACCAUCUUUCAAAGACUCUGGCUGAGGAGGCUGCCUGGAAAUUUGUAACUGAAAACAACAUCGACAUGAUUUCUAUUAACCCAGCAAUGGUAGCAGGAUCUUUCUUGCAACCAGAGAUUAAUGAAACCAUCGAGUAUAUUUUAAACAUAAUAAAUGGUAAACCAAUUCCAAACAAAGCUUUUGGAUGGGUCGACGUGAAAGAUGUUGCUAACGCUCAUAUUCUGGCAUAUGAGAUUGCUUCAGCCAGUGGACGAUACUGUUUGAGUGAGAGAGUCAUACACUCAUCUGAACUUGCAAGGAUUUUACGUGAUCUGUACCCAACAUUACAAAUUCCAGAUAAGGGUGAGGUGGAUGAGGCGUAUGUGUCAACAUACCAGAUUUCCAAAGAAAAGGCAAAGAGCUUGGGAAUAGAGUUUAUUCCUUUGGAAGUGAGUCUCAGAGACACUGUGGAAAGCUUCAGAGAAAAGAAGAUUAUCAACUUCUAAUCCGUUACACAUCCUAGAUCAAUAAAUGUUGAAAAUCUGAAUCGCUUUCAGUUUGUGAUUAUGAUAUGAUAACUUCACUGAACAUAAACUUCACAAUAUUAUGAAUAUUGUUGAUUUAA